UACUCUUUCUUGCCGCCGCCGCCUCGCUCUCCGGAGCGGAAGAGUGUCCCGAGGCCGCGGGCGCCAUGAGCCUUCCGCUCACCGGCCUGGGGUGGAGCUCCGCCGCCGCCGCCCACGGAGCCCCCGCGGGAUGGACUCCGAUCACAUCCACUGUAGAAGGAGCAUCUGCAAACUUUGGAAAGGGAUUUGCACAGAAAUCUGGUUACUUCCUAUGCUCUACAUCAGCCAUAAACAGUGAGAACCCCACAGGAGAUGUACUUUAUGAUGUCAUAAUCCUGAGUGAGAAAACCCCACUGCCUUACGGAUACACUUACGCUAAGGAAUUUUUGGAUCCCAAAACCUCCCUCUCCAAGAAGAAGAGACUGUGUGUCAAGCUGAUUCCAUUGACUGCAGCUGAAACAGCUGUGUUUGACAUUUUGCUGAGUAGCAAAAAUAAAGUGAUCCCAAACUACAUGCGGAUAGGGGAAAUGAGUGGAUUUGCACUUUGGUGUAAAAAGGAGCACAUUCUCAAGCCCAAGCCCCUUCCCAAGCCACGGAAAGUGAGCCUAGAAAUGAAGCGACUUUCAUUAGAACCAGAUGGUGUAGUCCCUCCAUCAGAAAAGCCCGUGGUUCCACCCGGUCCCAAAAGGCAACCUACCCUGAAGCGGCAUGAGUCUAUAUAUGACACUUCAAACGUCUAUGGCAUCUCAGCCAUGGAUGGGGUGCCCUUCACCCUGCACCCCAAGUUUGAGAGCAGCAUCUCCAAGGGCACGAAUGCCUAUUCUCUGUUUAAAAGCUUGCAUAUCAAAUCUCUUGCCGAUAUUGAGAAAGAGUACAACUAUGGCUUUGUCGUCGAAAGAACUGCUGCUGCUAGACUCCCCCCCAGCAUCUCCUAGCAUCAGUAAUUUGUUUGACAGUGUGCCUUUUUGCUAUUGGGACUCAUAUCUCAAGGGGACAGUCCAUUCACCACAUAGGUGUUCUUCAAAAAUAAGUA